AUGAGAGAAGAAACCGAGAAAACAAUAGAGGCAGCCAAAGGGCUACUCCAGGACCUUGUAGUCGUUGUUUCUCUUGUGCGGACCUUGACAGAUUCUUUCGGCUCUGCCAGUGACCUGUAUCGAAAGCUCAAGCGUAAAGCCGGUGCAAAGGACAGCGAGAGUGAAGACGAUGAAUUUCAUAUCCAGAGGCCUUUGCGCAGGCGUCGUCGCGACUCUCUAUUUGGCUCGGGAAAGAGCAAGGAGGACUAUAGUGAUAGCGAAGAGGAGCUUAUCUGUACCUCUUCUUCUCAGAUCCGAGCCGAGUACGAACGUGGAUAUCGGAAGCUAGGAGAGCCUUUUGCGCGUGGCGACGUUACAACCCACACCCAACUUCAAUCUCAGAUCAUAAAGCUCCAGCAGACGGUUCUCAAUAUCCAGCAGGACCUGUUGCUGAGUACGUAUCUCGCACCGUCAUCGUCUCAUUCGCACCUCGUGCGUCUGAUUCAGACCACUCGAACAGCGCGUGCGGCGUCUAUCGCCUCGUUGAACAUGCAAUACCAGCGCAUGCUACCGCCACUCCCAUCACCACUACCACCUCGAGGCCCUGAUCCGCCGUUGAAGAUCCCUGGCGCGUUUCCGCUACCUGAUCAUCCACGACCACCUUCAAGACCACCACUCCGGCACAAGAAACGCAUGAGCAGCAGCUCUAGUUCCUCGGAUGCAUCGGAAGAGAAGGUGGUCAAAAUACUACCGAUCGCAAACCCUAAACCAAAGCCCACGCCUCAACCUCAGCCACCGUCAUCACGUUACAGUACUAGAUUAUUCUGCAUCUACGCAAAAGACCUCCAGCUCAACCCACGGUUCCACCUCGCCGACGCCUACAAACACGGCGGAGAUGGUAGAUGUCCCUUCUGUCGAACACGCGUCACCAUCCAAUCCGGAAAAGCUUGGGAGAUUGUUGUCGACGGCUAUAGGAGAAGUAUAGGGCAAGGACUCGGCAAGAUAGCGUCUCGGACAUUUCGCAUCAGGAACCGCUUUAUUGUGAAAUGCCACAGGGACAGCGGCGGCUUUGCGUGCGUACUUUGCGCGAGAUUCAAGGAAUCAGACACGGUGUGUAGGGGGAUUGAAGCGUUGAUGGACCAUCUUUGGAGGGAGCAUACGAGCGAGGAGUUGGAGAGGGAUGUUGAUAUUGUGGAAGUUUCGAGGGAUGUUUGA